UGGAGAAGGUCAUCACUGUAGCCAUUACCUUAACCAGUAACUCCCUCCCUACUCAGCUGUAUGGGAAACAGAGCUGGUUUCAGCACAUGAGAAGAUGGCUCCCAUUUUGCUGCUUCUCAGCCUUGCAGCUAUAUGUACAACUGUAACACCUGCAAAAGUUUGUGGCCGGCCUCGUGUCUCUGAUGGAGUCGAUGUUUCUUCCCUGAAACGUGUGUUUGAGAUUGGAGAAGAUGUGACCCUCUCAUGCGAGCAGGGCUAUGUGCCUUCAAUGGCAACACCUCCCAGAAUUACCUGCACGGCUACAGGAGAAUGGACGCCGGCAAACCUGGCAUGUUCCCCCAAGAUGUGCCAGAUACCCCGGCCUUUGCAGCCUUUUGCAAAAGGCAGGAUAGAGGCUCCUUUUAAGAGUGUGCUUAACUUCUCAUGUGAUGAUGGGUACGUCAUGGUAGGGGCUAAUGAAAGCAGGUGUUUGCAUGAUGGCACCUGGAGUCAUCCGCCUCCUCUCUGUAAAGGCGUGAACUGUCCACUGCCAAAGCCACCAAGAGAGGGUAGGAUUGUCCAUGAUAAGCAAGUAACAGGAACUGGAACUAUUUAUGGACAAGGUUGGACAUAUGAGUGCAACCCACCCAAAGCACCAAGUUAUGAGAGAGGGUCCUGUAUGGCUGAUGGUAGUGCAACCGAACCACCUGUUUGUCGAGAUGUGAGCUGCCCCAUUCCACCAAACAUACUAAAUGGUGUCAUCACAUUUGCUGUGAUGAGGCAACAUGGAUACAAGGAGAAGGUUAAGUAUUCCUGCAAUGAGCAUUAUACUCUGGAGGGCGAGGCUGAGAUACAGUGUCAAAACACAGGAAACUGGUCAUCAAAGCCAGUCUGCAGAGCUCCCUGCACAGUUGGCAUCAAAAGAGGACGCAUCUUCUAUAAUGCCAGAAAGAUCUGGAUUGAAGACCUGAAGCCAAACAGAGUGCUCCAUAGAGAACCAGUUGUCUUCUAUUGUAUGAACAAAGUUGAUAAGUGUGGCUACCCAGUGGCCAGCACCUGUAACGAUGGAAACCUUCCCAUCCCUGACUGCUUUGAGGAACCAGGCAAACUAGAUUACAACCUGAGGUCUAAAAAUCUACCAUCAGAAAUCAAAAUGUGCGUGGCACCACCUGCUGCAAGCCCAACAAGCUCCCCAAGACCUGCAUGACCAAUUUACAGAGCCAAUUAAUGGGAAACGUGCAUUUUUACUGGUAAUUUAAACUGGCAAUACUUAAAUGCAAGAUUAUUAAAACCAAUAAAAAGUGUGUCAAUAAAAUGUUGGUGAAAUGGU